AUGGAGGCUCCAACAUCGAAACACAGAAGAACCAGAAACGAGAAAUUAGAAAAGUUAUCAGAAAAACUAGAUCCAACUAACAAGUCAACAAGAAAAGGCAAACAACCCUACAGUAAAAAUGCUCAAGAAGAAAGCUCCUCAAGAGCAAAAAGAUUAAGAACUAUGCAAAUAUUAUUAAUAAAGAGAAACUCUAACAACACCAUGAUAAGAAACAUACCACAUAUUCUGGACAUUGUAAUCUCUAAUAACAUGAUUCCUUCUGAAGUAUAUGAUGAAGACCAAAGAUAUAAAAGACUCAUAGCUGGAUUCAUGAAAUUAGAUGACUUAACUUUACCUAUAUCUUAUAGUGAUCCUGACUUGAAAGGAUGA